CCACCUCCACUCUGAGCCGCACCGCUCGCAUGUCUCCGGUUGAUAUAAUGAGGAGGAGGCUGACUCGUAUGUCGGAGCCGGUGGCCGGCUCAGUGUGGCGAGACACGUUCGGUAGCAAAGUCGUUCAACACAGGAGACGGACGCGAUGGCCACGGCAGGCAAGGUGAUUCACUGCAAGGCGGCGGUGUGCUGGGCCAAGGAUGAGCCCCUCGUCAUCGAGAGCAUCAGCGUGGAGCCUCCGAGAAAUAAUGAGGUCCGCAUCCGCAUGGUGUCGACGUCCUUCUGCCACUCGGACCUGCACGGCAUCAAGGGCAUGGUGAUCCCGGGCAUGCACGAGGCCGAGUUCCCGACGGUGUUCGGCCACGAGGGCGCCGGCAUCGUGGAGAGCGUCGGCCCCGCCGUCAAGGGCCUCAAGCCCGGCGACGCCGUCAUCCCCCUGUUCGCCGCGCAGUGCGGCGAGUGCCCGCUGUGCGCCAUGGACGGCACCAACCUCUGCAUCUACGCCAAGGACACCAGGGCUAAAGGUCUCAUGUCGGACGGCACCUCGAGGUUGUCGUGCAAGGGCAAGACCCUCACCACCUUCCUGGGCUGCGCCACGUUCUCCGAGUACUUUGUCGCCGACGAGCCCUGCGUCGCCAAGAUCAACCCCAAGGCCGACCUGACCAAAGUGGGCGUGGCGGGCUGCUGCAUCCCCACGGGGGUGGGCGCGGCGCGCGCGGUGGCCCAGGUCGCCGCCGGCUCCACCUGCGCCGUGUGGGGGCUGGGCGCCGUGGGGCUGUCGGCCGUGCUGGGCUGCAAGCUGGCGGGGGCCUCGACCAUCAUCGGCGUCGACAUCUCGCCCGAGAAGGCGGAGCUCGCUAAAAAGUUCGGCUGCACAGAGUUCAUCGACCCCACCAAGCUAGACAAGCCGAUCCAGAAGGUGCUGCAGGAGAGGUCCCCAUUCGAGGGAUGCGACUUCACCUUCGAGAGCAUCGGCAACGUGCACACCAUGAGAGCCGCGUACGAGUCGGUGCGGCCCGCGGGCGGUGUCUGCACGGUGCUGGGCGUCUCCUCUGACCCAGAGAAGUUCAUGCAGGUUCACCCCAUCGACCUCCUGGGCGGAAAGAAUUUGCGUGGAUGCUACUUUGGAGGUCUCCGUUUCCGCCUUGACCUUCCAAAACUGGUGGACGAAAUCGUGGAAGGCAAGAUAGACUGUGGCUUGUUUAUCACGGACACGAUCAAGCACGACCAGAUCAACUGGGCCAUCGAUCAGAUGAAGGCGGGCAAAGGAAUCCGUUACGCGUUGCUGUAUUGACCUACAUAUUUGCGGACGUCCGCUCGAUCUCCGGAUGAGAGUCAAGCCGUGUCUUUCAUUGGUGGGAUAACGCUCGGGUGCCACACAACAGGUGCCUCGUCGCGGGGUCGCUGAACUCGACGGACUCAGAGACAGGGCAAUUAUGGAAGUUUAUGUUUACUCGCUGUUACCGCCAUGCGUUAUCUAUGUCAUGUCAUUGCCAUACACACACAAGAGCAGCCACAGAAAAUGUUCUAUGCCGUUUGUCUUACGAUGUCGUCAUAGAAAAAGAAAACACUUU